AUGCUCGUUCUAAUGAUUUUCAAGUGCGUGUGUAUCGUGGCUGGGUUUAACCUAUCGCCCGAACCAAACUACGUUUUCAAGCUACCAACGCUGAACACUUUCAUCCGUCCCGUACGCAGUUCGCAUUUUGGAUACUCCGUGAACCUGCGCAAAACCGGCGUGAUCGUCGGCGCUCCGCAAGCCCAGUCAGAUUUGGAGUACCAGCGACGGAUCAACGAAACCGGUGCCAUUUUUCGGUGCAGCUUCCUGUCACGAAACGUUACGAACGCCUGCGAACCGAUCCGUCUCGAUCGACAGGGCAACACUUACUACGAAGGCGAGACCUUCUCUAGUCACCGCGAGAUCCGCUCGGAGAACAAGGAAUACCAGCAGCUCGGUGCCACGGUGGACGGGCUCGGAUCGGACGGGGCCUGGUUGGUGACGUGCGCUCCACACCUUAAGGGCUCUUUCGCAGGUAUCUAUCUACUGCACGGCGUUUGCUACCUCACUGAAGGAAUCGACGAGAUCGAGGAGCCUAAAAACCUGUACAAAAUUAAACCUCUCCGUCUAAAAGCUCGCCAGCGUUCACCCCGAAAUAACUACAACUACUUAUAUGGCGAGCAAGGAUUUAGUCUACACGUGACGGACGAUGGAACUGAGGUACUGAUCGGAGCGCCCGGUAUAAUGGAUUGGCGUGGAACCGUAUUGCGUUACCGGCAGAGGCCAACUUUCGGCUUCGCCCCGUCGGAGGUGAACGGUAACGUGUUCCGGGACACUCUUUGGAGGCGUCGCAUCACUCACGAAACAGUCGUUCCGGAUCCGGUGCACUCGAACGUGCCACAUAACGCGUAUUUUGGGUACGCCGUCAGUUCUGGACGUUUUCUGGGCACGCAGCAGAUGCUGUACGUCGCGAGUGCACCUCAGGCACGUGGCCAGCACGGUGAAGUGCUGCUGUUCGACUACGCCGACAAUGAAACGCUCCAUGAGACGGUGAUCUUGCGCUACCGGACGUUCGUAGGCGAACAGCUCGGAGAGUACUUCGGUUACGCGCUUCUGACGGAGGACUUUAACGGCGAUGGGUUGCCGGAUCUUGCGAUUGGGGCGCCCAUGCACAGUCGCACUCGUGAGCAUGAUAAUGGUGCAGUGUACAUCCAGCUGAAUGCAGGUGAGCUGAGCUUUGAGCUGCAGGGAAAACUAACGAGCGCGUACGAGUUGGGUGGCAGGUUUGGGACGAGUUUGGGCCGAAUCGGAGAUCUCAACGGGGAUGGCUUUGGAGACAUCGCAAUUGGUGCGCCUUUCGAGGGAGACGGUGUGGUGUAUGUGUUCCUUGGAUCACCGAGUGGUGUACAGCCACGACCUAGCCAACGGUUAGUUCCGUCAAUGGUAGGGUCGUCGCCACCAACUUACACGCCACGCAUGUUUGGCCACGCACUUUCCCGCGGUGUGGACAUCGAUGGCAACGGGUAUCCAGAUCUAGCCGUCGGUGCACCAAACGAAGAGUCAGUUUACGUCUUUCGAGCCUAUCCAAUAGUACACGUCGAGGCACGCAUUAACGCUUCCAAGCGUGAGCUACCUGCCGAAGAUGCCGCACUGAAGAUAGGACUCUGCUGGUCGGCGAGCUUCCCUUCGGGAGCUCCAUUCCAGGUCGCGCUCCAAUACUCGAUGGUGGUGGAUGUGCAGAUGGGUCGAGCAGUCGUCAAAAACCAUCGCCGACUACCGUCGAUCACGGUGAGCAACGACCCUGUGUGUCUGCAGUACGACGUACAGAUCGUCGCGUCACCGACUACACUCUAUCAACCGCUCACGAUCGAUCUCGAAUUCGGAAUCGCUACUAAGGCCACACCUACCAAGGGACAAGGCUUCUGUAAUCACUGUGCCAUGCUGGAUCCGGCGGUUGUGACUCACGUGCAGGAACGCAUUCCGUUCAAGACGGGUUGUCGGAAAGAGACAUGUGAGACGGACCUGAAGAUCGUCAGUCUUCGGUGGGUGGACGUCACACCACCGUAUGUGAUCGGAAGCUCGAAGCGAGCUACUCUUGAGGUGCAGAUAUCGAACACCGGUGAGAACGCCUAUCUCCCGCAAGUGAAUUUUACAGUUCCCGUUGCCUUACGACUAGAAAGCGUCCCUUCGGAGUGCCAGCUGACAGAUCCGGUGCACGAACGGGCAGGUGUUCUGUGCGAGCUGAACCAUGGCCUACCGCUGAAGUUCUCGACGCGCCUUAGAUACUCGCUGACGUUCGACAUGACGCAGCUGCAAGCCACAGGAUCUUCCGUAACAAUUCACGCAAGGGCGCUCACAACGAGCAGAGAGUUAUGGCCGGCUGAUAACGAAUUACACACGACGCUAGCGCUACGAGAGUUCAGCCAUGUGGAGAUCGUGAGCAAAAGCACCUCCAGAGAAGCUAAUUUUGAAAACCAAAAAAGGUUGCUCGAUGUGACGCAGCUCGUGCAGCUAUACAACAACGGACCUAGCACGCUGAAUGAGGCGCUGUUCCGUCUGGACGUGCCACUCAGCUACACACCGGAGAAACUCCUUCACACCGGAAGCUGCCGAAUAAUGCAGCUCAACGACAUCAAUGUUCGCAGCAGCUACAACGACACACCACUCGAUGUAUUCUGGCUUCUGGACGAUAGUGAUAAGGGUUUGCUGAGGCAAACAUCUGAAUUCUACGUACCCAGUCGGUCUGCGAAGCCACUACCAAGUGGACAGAAUGGCAGCAUCGUGCCAAGUGACUCUGUCGUGCUGCCAGAAUGGAAAGAAUAUGAACACGAGGAGACGGACUUUUCCGACUCAACGGCGAUUGCACGUCGGAAACGCUCCAACCUGUGGGUGCAUCCUGCAAGGCCAAACUCCAGCACACUGCACCUGGACGAGCUACCCGCGGGCCGGACGGUGUAUUUUAACUGCGCCUGGAACCUCUCCAGAGUCGAGUGUCUGCAGCUUCAGCUGAAACUGCCGGCGUUCUUCUCAGGCCACAGACCCAUCACUGUGGAGCUGCAGUAUAAGCUAGACCUGGACGCGAUCGAACCGUGUCUGCAGGACCACGAGGAUAUCAUCGUCGUGCAGAUCGCAAACGAUCUAUGGCGGCCCACGGAUGAGCUCGAGGAAACGUUCAGGGUUGCGCGUAAAAACUCACACACCAUCAUAUACCGGGAUGCCAACAUCAGCACACCAAUCUAUAUCUACGUGACGUCCACGUUUGGAGGGCUGUUGCUGUUGGCUGCCAUUACCUACACGAUGUACCGCGGUGGGUUUUUCGACCGUCACAUGAAAAAGGAAUUGGAGACAUUACACCGUGAGGUAGGUUAG